AUGAAUCAUCUAAAGUUUCUAACUGUGAUUAGUGGUAACGCGGUUGGAGACUCUGAUAUAAAUCGAGAAACAUCUAAUUUAUUGAAGGGGAUUGUGAAGGAGAUAAAGGCGUGUCCGUCAACAAGGAUGGGGCCUGAUCUUGUGUUUUCUCUUCCGGAGCCCGCGAUUGUCUUCCCAAAGCAGCACUUGAAGGAGCAUGUUGAGACGAGGUGGGAAAGAUUUGCAAGAGCAAAAGGAAUAAAGAAGAAGAAGAAGGGUCAGAUUGUGUAUGACGAAGAGAUAGGGGACUAUGUUCCUAGAUACGGACCUCACAGCAAGAAGAACAGGAUUCUGAAAGCAGCAGUCAAGGAGGGAGAGGUAACGUUGUCUGCACUCCGAAGACAGAGAAAGAAAAACAUUGAGAAAAAUGAGGCAAACAGGCUUGCUAACAUUUUGAGAAAGAAAGGGGACGUCUGA